CAUUAGUGUGGUGUUUCGAUGCGAUUAAAGAGAGCUACAAAGGCACAAAGUAGUUUAGUUCGUUAUCAUGCGCAGAGCAAUGUGUUUGGUCGUAUCUAUUGUUUCGGUGUCGCUGAUCGCAAUAUUCGUUAUCAAUAUCGGUAAUGACGUGCUAGCAACUAACGACGAUAUACUUUUGUUGGAUUUGCCCGGUCAAGGUUUAAUUCGAGGCUCUCAAACGAAUACAGCUUGGACAAAUCAGACAGUUUAUCAGUUUCUUGGAGUACCUUUUGCAGAGUCUCCUAGUGGUGAUUUGAGGUUUAAGGCACCCGUGGAACGUUCUCCGUGGAAAAACAUACGAGAUGCAACAAAAUAUGGACAACGUUGUCCUGAACUCAAUACGAUAAGCGAUAAUCAUCUAAACGAUGACUUGGAAGAUUGUUUAAAUCUGUGUGUUUAUACAAAAAAUUUCACCGCUCGGCGGCCGGUGGUCUUCUAUGUUUACGGAGGAGGAUUUUACAACGGUUCAUCUCAAGACCACCCGCCAAACUAUUUACUUGAGAAAGAUAUUGUCCUAGUUGUGACACAAUAUCGCGUAGGAGCGCUAGGAUGGCUCUCGACUCAAACUCAAGAAAUGCCUGGAAAUAGUCCAGUUUUGGAUGUGAUGUUUGCCUUACAAUGGGUUCAAAUGUACAUUCACUUAUUUGGGGGGGAUCCAGAACAAGUCACUGUCGUUGGUCAAUCUGCAGGAGCAACUGUAACUGGAAUGCUUAUCAUUAGCCCAAAGACUCCGCAGGGACUAUUCAAACGGGCAGUUAUGCAAUCUGGUUCGGUUUUAGCCAAUUGGGCGACUAAUAGCAAACCACUUGACCUCACAAAAAAAGUGUGCAACAGAUUAUGUUCGAAUUGUGAUCAAAUUGCUGACAUAGCCGACUGCCUACGCGAAGUAGACACAGUCACUUUAUUAAAAAGCACAACAGAUUUAUCGUUUAGUAUGACCAUAAAUGACGUGUACGGAGUAAUGCCAUUAAUGCCAAUCGAGCUUUUACAUAAUAACACACGUUGUUACCCCAUUAUGACGGGGGCAACCAAACACGACGGAUCAUUCGUCUUAGCAACGUUAUACGAUGGAAUUAAGGGAGCAAUCGGAAACAUGAGCCUUAUAACUCCGAGGGAAUUUUUGUCAAAAUUAUUCGAUGAGUCGCAUGAAGUCGAUCCCUCAGGGCUUGCAAAGAAUUUAAUAACCACUUUGUUGUAUAACGCUACCGAUCUAAAUGGCAAUGAUCAUAAAAAGCUCAUUCCUUCGUACAUUGAUCAAGCUAGCAGUAUGUUCAUAAAAUCACCAAUAUUCACAUUUGCAAGGCACCUUUCUAAGUCUCAAUGCCCAACUUAUGUCUAUAGUUUCGAUUAUGAAGGCGAAUGGAGCCGUUUUGGUUAUGAAUUUGGAAACGAACACUAUCCAUUUAAUGGUGGUGUUCAUCAUUCAAACGAUAACAUUUAUAUCUUUUCGACACACAAUUUGAAUGCACGGGAUACUGAAAUUUCAAAGAAGAUGAUAGACUUAUGGACAUCGUUUGCUAUCGACGGAGUGCCUGCAACACCAGAUGCUCCAACUUUAAUGCCCCUACAGACUGAAACUGGACCGUAUUUUCAUAUUGAUGAACGAAUUUCGAUUGGCUAUGAUUUUCUUGAGGAACUUCGAGUGGCCGUUAACGAUCCAAGGAAAGAAGAACUUGUCAGACCUGAUGUUGAGUUCUGAGUUUGUUUAACUGUUAUUAAAAAUGGAAAGAUGUGUUUUAGUUAAAAGA